AUGUCACACGGGGCCAGCAGGUAUAAGAAGGCCCACGCAAAAAUGCGCUGGAAGUGGAAGAAGAAGAGGACGCACCGUCUCCAAAGAAAAAGAAGGAAAAUGAGACAAAGGUCAAGAUAA